AUGAUUUUCUCGGUUGUGAGUACCGUUUUGAUUACAAUGAUAGCUACUGCUCUCAACGUAGUUUCUCUCCCUCUUACAGGUAAUUCCAGCUUGAUUCCUGAAAGCGAUGGGAUCAUAGGCAAUAGUUUGGAAAAGCGACAAGCACCGGUAGAUGAUAAGCCUGUUUGGGAUCCCAAUGGACAAACCCCACCUCCAGCUGGUUCCACUGGAGAAUCUUCCGGCCCUCCAAUCUCAUCACCUCCCCCAAGUGAUGUUGGACAGGAUAAUCAAGAUCCGCAUAAUGGUGGAGCACAAGCUGACGUCUCUGGACCUGUUAGUCUUCAUGAUGAUGGUGAUCAACAUAGACCCACACCUCCCCCUCGAGUUAGACGGCCUGAGUGGGAUAAUCCGCCUAGACGGCCUCAAUGGGAUGAACCGCCUAGACGACCUCAAUGGGAUGAACCGCCUAGACGGCCUGAAUGGCCUGGUCCAUCUGAAUGGAAUAAUCCGCCUAGACAGCCUGCUCCGCCUGGAUGGCCUGCUCCACCUCAAUGGGGCGGUCCACCUGAACAGUCUCAAUGGCCUAUUCCACCUCAAUGGGAUGAUCCACCUCGACGACCUCCCGCUAGACGUCCACAAUUUCAAGAUGAUGGUGAUUCACAGGGUGGAAGUGGCACACCUAAACAUUCCAAGGCCGCACUUCCUGAUGAUGACGAUGAUAAUGAUGAUGAUGAUUCUCAGGACAAUGAUCAAGACUCUCGACAUUCAAAUCAUAACCAUUCGAGAAGAUCGCGUUCUUCCAACCAAGACGAGUAA